CUCUUUUAUUAAUCCAAAAAGGCAUUUUUUUUUUUUGGCCUUUAUUUUUAAUUGCGGGCAAAACAUAGAGUAAAGCAUGGCCAUUUGUAAAUUUUAUCAAUCAGGCACUUGCAGAAAUGGAAACAACUGUAAUUUUCAACACGUGAAGCAAGGAAGCGCUUUGAAUUCUGCCGCACCUAAAUACAAUGAGACUUCUUUGAGAGGAAACCUAACAGACGAACGUCCGCAGUGGAAACUUAGUGUCUAUGGUCCAGCAAAAGAAGAACCAAAUUUGAUUGUUGGAACAGAUAGAAGCCCCGAAGAGGAUCGUUAUCAAUAUUAUCUUUGUAGAAGUACAACUGGAAAUGAAAGUCAAUAUCUUACCGGCCAUGACCAGCUUUCUAAUCAAAUGGAGGCACAAGUGAACGCGAUUAUAAAUAACCCAACAGGAGCUAUUCAACAUUAUGAAAAAGAAAAGUCAGCGCGUUCUGGUCCUUUUGGAGGCACUGCAAAUGAUACCCCUUUUGCCCCCUUUACAGGUUCUGGAUUUGGUGCAACAGCAGCAAAGCCUUUUGGCACAACAACGACUGCCUUUGGCUCUUCUUCAGCACCCACCGCUUUUGGAGCUCCUGCAUUUGGCACUACAGCAUUUGGAUCCACGAGUAGUCCAAGCGGAAAUGCAUUUGGUAAUAAAAGCGCCUUUGGCAGCAGUACAGCACCAGCUUUUGGAUCGACUAGCACACUCGGUUCUACUGCUCCAGCAUUUGGAUCGACAAGCACAUUAGGCGCAAGUGCCCCAGCAUUUGGUUCAACAAGUACAUUGGGGGCCAGUGCUCCUGCCUUUGGCUCAACCAGCACACUUGGAAGUGGAUCGGCUUUUGGACAGAAGGGCACGUUAGGAUCAGCAUUUGGACAGACAAGCAGUUUAGGUAGCGGAUCUGCAUUUGGACAAACAAGUACACUGGGAUCAGCAUUUGGAAAAUCAAAUGCGGUAGGGAGCGGUACAGCAUUUGGACAGACUACGCCUGCUUUUGGACAAGCUACAUCUUUUGGAAAUUUGGCAAAUAACAGCAACACGACAGCGCCUGCUUUUGGAACAACGAGUACACUUGGAACAGGUACGACAGCAUUUGGCUCAACCAAUGGAUUAGGAAAUACUACUACCGCUUUUGGUCAAAAUAAUGCAUUUACACAACCAAAACCUUCGAUUGACACAAAUGGCGAUCCUCAACUUGAGGCAUUUGUAUCUCAAGAGUUUAUAUAUCGCCAAGUACCCGAGAUCGAACCACCACCUGAGCUUCGAUAACAGUGUGUAUAUAAUAAAGAUAUUUUUUAUUUUGAUAUGUAUAAAAACUAUAUUAACUAUAUGUAUAUUUUAUAAAAAAAAUGUACAAAAGACAAAAAGGCUAGCUCAUGUACAAAAGGGAAGAACAAUAAAGGGGGGAAUUUUGUGUGUCAUCUAUGUAACAAAAUAAAGUACAAAAUUUGUUUGAAGUGAAUAUAUCCUUGUCCAUCGUUUUUUUACCUCUCUCUUUUUUUUGUUAUU